AUGUUGUUAGAAGCAAAGGACGGAGAAGAAACGGUCGUUUUAAAAGCGGCUGCCGCAUCUGUGCAGGUUCAGGUGGAGCCGGUGGGUCGAUGGUUUGAGGCCUACGUGAGAAGGAGAAACAGGAAUGUCUCUGCUUCAUUCCAAGAGCUUGAGGAAGAGGAGGAGUCAUCACAGGAAUCAGAAGAUGAGGAGUUUCAGCUUGAGGAGCAUCCCAUGCUGCGAACACUUGACCCUAAAGAUUGGAAGAAUCAAGAUCAUUAUGCUGUCCUUGGGCUCCCACACUUGAGAUACAAAGCAACGCAGAAACAAAUCAAAGCUGCUCAUAAAGCGAUCGUGUUGAAACACCAUCCAGACAAAAGGAAAGCUGCCGGAGAACAAAUUGUUGAAGGGGACAAUGACUACUUUACCUGUAUAACUAAAGCAAUUGAAACCCUGUCAGACCCCACAAAGAGAAGAGCGUUCGACAGCGUAGACCCGACCUUCGACAACAGCGUGCCUUCCAAGGGCGAAGGCAAAGAGAACUUUUUCGAGGUAUUUUCUCCAGUUUUCGCCAGAAAUGCCAGAUGGUCUUCCAAAAAGCAUGUCCCCAAACUCGGAACGAUGGAGUCAUCUUUCGAGGAAGUGGACAAUUUUUACUCUUUUUGGUACAACUUUGAUUCCUGGAGGGAGUUCUCCUACUUGGAUGAAGAGGAAAAGGAAAAGGCCGAAUGUCGAGAUGAAAGGAGAUGGAUUGAAAAGCAAAACAGAGCCUCCAGAGCGCAGAGGAAGAAGGAGGAGAUGAACAGAAUUCGCACUCUAGUCGACACCGCCUACAGCUGUGACCCCAGAAUAAAGAAGUUCAAAGACGAAGAAAGAGCAAGGAAAGAGUUUGAGAAGAAAGCCAAAGCUGAGGCCAAGAAAAAGGAGCAGGAAGAGAAGGAGAGAGCACGACAGGCAGAGCUGGAAGCAGCACGUUUGGCAAAGGAAAAGGAAGAAGAAGAAGCCAAGCAGGCAGCCCAGCAGGCAAAGAAAGAGAAAGACAUCCAGAAGAAAGCCAUCAAAAAGGAGAGACAGAAACUCAGAACCACCUGCAAGAACUGGAACUACUUUGCUGAGAACGAAACGGACAGCGUGAAAAUGAUGGAGGAAGUGGAGAAACUCUGCGACCGGCUAGAACUGACAAGUCUGCAGUCCUUGAAUGAAGUCCUGGCCUCUGGCUCUAAACAAGAUUGCAAGGCAGCAGUUGAGAAACAGGUGGAGGAGGUCAACGCCCAGAUGCAGAAGGAGAGGGAGGCCGAGUUUCAGGCCAGACAGGCGGCUCGCAGCGCUGAGCAGGCCAGUGGAGGGGGAGGCGGAGGUGGAAAGGGCUGGAACGAGGAAGACCUCCAGCUCCUCAUCAAAGCCGUCAAUCUGUUUCCAGCUGGAACCAACGCCAGAUGGGAAGUUAUCGCCAAUUAUAUGAACUUGCACUCCACCAGCGGCAUAAAGCGGACAGCCAAAGAUGUCAUUAACAAAGCAAAGAAUCUACAAAGACUUGAUCCACUACAGAAAGACGAAAUAAACAGAAAAGCGUUUGAGAAGUUCAAGAAGGAACACUCCUGUGUGCCGCCGUCCAUAGACAACGCUGCACCCUCAGAGAGAUUUGAUGCCUCUGGUAGCGAAAGUAACGCCGCCCCCUGGACCACAGAAGAACAGAAACUUCUGGAACAAGCACUCAAGACCUAUCCAGUCAGCACACCUGAACGCUGGGAGAAGAUAGCUGCUGCUGUUCCUGGACGAAGCAAGAAAGACUGUAUGAAGAGAUACAAGGAACUGGUGGAAAUGGUUAAAGCAAAGAAAGCUGCUCAGGAACAGGUGGCAGGCAGGAAAAAAUGA